AUGUCUGGUCAGUGUAUUUUGUUUGUUCCGGAUAAUGAGAUACAGUUUGACACAGAGCAGCCGCUCCCAGUGGAGGGAGAAGAGCCACGUGAUCGUAAUGCAUGUCGUGUGAUGGAACAGAAGGAGACGGUUGAUGGCUUAAAAGAUGAGUUCUGUGGACGGCAAGUUCCCCCACGCUAUGCUGGGUUGUGCGAGAUCCACUAUAAGGAGUACCUUGUUAGUCUAAUCAACAGACACCAUAUUGAUCCCUUAAUUAUUCUGUCACUAAAUGAAAUCAAAAUGGUGCUGGGGAGAGUAGACAAGCAACCGCUAAAAAGGAAUAAAGGAGAGAAAGAUCCCGACUACAAGAAAAGGUUGAUAGAGUUUGUUCAAAGAGAGGUCCCCCUCACCUCUAUGAGACCCAGUCACAGGGCAAGAUCCAGACCCACUGCAGUAUGAAGAACUUUCUCUCAAGUUGUUAUAAAAUUUACUGAAACUUCAUUUCCUUAAGAA